UUCAUGCUGGACAACAGUAGCGACAGGGAAGGCUCAAAUGUCUUGAUCAAAUGACUGUUAGUUUAGUUUUGUUAAGGAUUCGUAUUUGUUCAAAUUCGUCGGCACCGAGACAAUUUUUGUUUGCCAACAUAUUCCAAUCGAUAGUAAUUUUCUGUUACGCUGACCGUGAUCUGUAACACAUAAAAAGCAUUGCUGGAAGAAGUACGGUCACGGUCGACAUAACCUAUCCAAUCAUUGAACGCUUGUGUUUUAACCGCGAUUUGAAAUAAUGGCUAUGAACGAAGAUUUCAAUUUCGCUGAGUUGUGUAGGCUUUGUUCACUGAAAAGCAGUCACCAGCUCCAAAUUUUUGAUAAGGAAGGCGAGCAGCGGCAGUUACUAUUCAAAAUACGUUCCUGUAUACCUACUGUGAUAACUAAAGAGGAUGGACUACCAAAAAAUAUCUGCCAGAGAUGCGUGUAUAAACUGGAUAUGUUUUAUGAGUUUCGUGUGAGCUGUAUGACCACGGACACGGUGUUAAAAAAUUACGCGGAUAGCUUGAAGCAUCUUGCCGCAUCGGUGAAUCAGGGCGCGGACAAAGACAAGAUGUCCAAUGGUAGCCAGCAGCAACAGCAGCGGUCCGCUUACGUAGAGGCGCACGCGGUGGCCCACGCUGCCGUGCAACAGCACAUGGCACAACAAGCUGCACAGGCGAGGCUCGCGGGACCAGGCCCGCCAGCAACACCGCAGACCCCGAACCCAACGUUCACGUUGCCGGACGACGGCCUUGGCUACGACGACGGGGUGCGGGUGCUCCGGUCGAUCGGGACCUGGUCUCCAGAUUACUCUGCAGCGAUGCGCCCGGGCGGAGUGAUGGCCCCGUUCCCCGGCGCAAUGGACCAGCAGUUCGGCAGCAGGGCCCCGACCGUGAACCAGCCGCUGAGAACGACGAACAACGUACCUUCUCGUCCGGGGUUCGCGUCGAAAGCCACCAACACGGGCGAACCGGCGACCAAAGCGUUUGCCUGCACGGUUUGCGGCAAGGGCCUGGCCCGCAAGGACAAACUUGUCAUACACAUGCGCAUCCACACCGGGGAGAAGCCGUACUCUUGCGAAGUUUGCGGAAAAGCGUUCGCGCGUAGAGAUAAGCUAGUUAUUCAUAUGAACAAGCUGAGACAUAGACCGGGGGUGGCGCCGCUCUCCACGCCGACCGUGCCGAACUCGGAUCAGCAACAGCAGCAGGCCCAGCAGCAGCAGCAGCAGCAACAGCAGCAGGCCCAGCAGCAGCAACAGCAACAGCAGCAGCAACAAUCUCGCCCGGACACUAUACACAAGCUGAAAGAGGAGCCGGUCAGUUGGGCGUGCGAGCUGUGCGGUCGAGCACUGGCUACAAGGGAAGAAUGGAUGCAGCACGCUCGGUCCCAUUUGGAAGCGUCGGCCCCGCCGCAACACGCGGCGCCGUAUUUCCCAGGAUCCGCGGCGCCGCCGCAACCGUACGCCUCGGAAAGGCAUUUCUGUCUGAUGUGUCGUACAGAUUUCACGGAUAAGGCUGAAUUUAUGUUCCACGUUCGUUCCCAUUUCGAGCCUCAUGCACAGCAGACUCCUCCCCAGCACUCGAGCGGCAAACAGGCCGGCGACCCAGCAACAGCCGAGCUGAUUGCGCGCGGGCUCGUUGAUCCGUCGGGAUUAUGCAGCUAGAAUUAUCCCCCCUGUCAAUAUGUACCAUCGAUUCGUGUCUUACCAUAGUACAAGUUCUCCACUCCAUUUCGACCAGAACUUUUUGCAUAGGAUGUCAUGCAUAUUGUGAUUGUAAUGAAUAUGUACUGAUUUAUUAAGGGAGAGAUGCACAGUAGUAUGUUCGUUGUACGAACAUCUGUGGGAGCGAGGGAGUGAGUGAGGGAGGGGAGGGGGGUCAGUCCUGCGGAGGUUGGUCGACGAAGAAUUUUUCCGUUGCCUCGGUGUCGAAAAACCCGACAAGCCCGUUUUUUCAGUGAACCAAUCAAUAUAUAUACACAUAUAUAUAUGCUUGCCAUCGCCGUUAGAGUGGAACAGAGAACAAUAUUUUUCGCAUUAUGCAACAUAUCAGGAAAAACUAAGGAAAACUCGACUAUUCGUAGAUGUACUACUGUGUGUCCCGCAUAUAUGUAUACAUAGAUACAUACGUUAUUCGUAAAAUAUUUAGGUAUUGACGCGACAUUGAUUCGCACGCUAACGAACCUUCACUAUUGCGUCAGUAUUUAAAUGUGAUUAUACUUAAUAGUAUACGUUCCUACAUAGCUAGCUUCCCGCCAUUUUUAAUCAUUAGCAGUAUCCGCUAUUCGAUGUACAGGUUUGUUCUCAAUGCUAUCGUAAUUUCUUCUUCUUCUUUUCCUUCUUCUUCUAUUUCUUCUUCUUCUUCUUCUUCUUCUUCUUCUUUUUCUUCUUUUUCUUCUUCUUAUCAUUCUCCUUUUAUUAAAAAAAAAUACUUACAUACCAAGGUCUGGAGAAUUCGUUGUCUCGUUUCUUGAAACAUGCUGAAGCGAUCAUUGCGUUUGUAGGAAAUGAUUUAUCGAAGGACGCUAUUCCGAUAAGAUGUUCGUUUAAAAAUAGAGGUAUACGAAUAUUUUAUAUUGUUAAAAUCAUUUAUCAUUGGAUGAUUAUACCAGCUGCAUAUAAAGCGUAUUAAAGUUAAGAGUAUAUUUCGAUCAUGUGAUUUUUUUUUCCUUGUUUUUCGUCCGCUUAACUUUCCGUGCAGCGACGCUCGAUUAUCUCGUUUCUUUCGGGGGCAACAUAUUAUUAGCCGCAUUAUCGAUUUAUAGUACCAAACGUGUAGUUUUUACUGUGGUAUAGCGUAAGUGUUGAGAGAGAAAAAAAAACCAUAUUACCGAUGCAUGCAGCGCAAAUGUUUAUAUUUCCGAGGCAAUUUAGGGCAAAUUAAAAAUCGUUUGAUUCUC